AUUUGACUACAUACAUCCAGAGAUAGAAACAUGUGCAAGUUUAGUUCGACCCGUAUGCCUGUACUAUGAAACUUAUAUCAACUGUGGUUUUGGGGGCAUUUCUGAUACCUCAGAGCCUAGCUGAAUUUGGAUUUGGAUUAUUUUCGAAGGGGACGGAAACCAAAGGCCAUGUUGUGGACUUUCCUCUACAAAAACAUGCGUUUUAUGAGUCACGCCAAACCUUGCCGAAGCAGAACGACCCAGAGGAUAAUAUGAAAAGUGGUGGAAUCGCUGAGAAAAACAUUAAAUUCGUACUUGGAAAGACUUUGCUUCUUAAAUGCGUAGAAGUGAACAAUGAAUUGAUAAUGUUUGUAUACGGCUCAGAAGGAUACUUCAUAGAUAGAUUGAAGGUAGACAAAAGCAAAAAGUUUGGUUGCAAUCAAUUGUUGGAAAACAUUUCUGUACGGGACGAUCCGACUUGGAGUUUAACACCCGAACGUACUAAGUUUGAAUUCAACAUCAUCUACAAGUUUACUGUGGGGAGGAAAGGUCGGACAUAUAAUUGUCUCACCAGAACAUACACGGUAGUCAUCUAUCUUCACUAUCCCACAUUGGAGAGAGGAGCCGGAAAAAUGACGGAUUGCAAUGGGGCUGAGACUGGUACUGAAAAUUCUGAAAGGGCAUACUUAUUACCACGGGGAGAUAACGAAAUCAUCAAAUUUCACCUAGAUGGUGAUCCUUUUGAAACACCUGUCAUCAACACUUUCAAAACUGGCCUCAAACUCAUUUGCCAACGAUACAACACGAUCCCGGCCGGAUAUAAAAUAUCAGUAGGAUUUAUAAUGUAUGAAGAAAUAAUCUUGGAAAGGUUAACUCUAGACUCGUGUAAACAUGGAGAUGAAGGAAUGUACAUCAACAUAAAGAAAGUAAAGAAAUACCCUGAUGCAGACAAAGAAUUUACACUGGUGUUCCAACUAACUAAUGGAUACUGUUAUAAAAUGGACAUUUGGUUUCAGUUUGUGGACAGUGUAAAAGAUGUGGUUAAUAUUCGUCGGUACGCUCCUGGUGAAGUCAGUUGUCCAAGUGAUUGGACUAGUGACGCUGCAAUGGACGUCCAAGCGCCUUGGUACAAAAGACUUACUGGGGUUUUCGGAUAGACUCAUCUGAUGGAAAAGAUUUAUCAACUAAAUAAAAUCAUGUUGACAUA